UACAUCAUCAGUAUUCUUGGGACCUCGAUAGAAAACACUUGUAGACAUAAUUUUUUAGCAUAAGACGAACAAAUUGUAACAAAUGUUACAAAAAUAUUUUAAAUAAAUAAACAAUUUUUUUUAAACACAUUCAGUUUUUUAUAAACAUUCAAUUUUAUAUUUAAUUAUGCAUUCAAUAAAAAUUUGCAAAUUUCUCAUUUUUGUAAUUUUUUUUGUGCUAACUGAAUCAACGGAGGAUAUUAAUGGCACCGAAAGAACUAUAAUAAAGACAUUUAUGGGAGCUUUUGGUAAUAAGCCACCCUCUACAAAAUCACCCCCAACAUCUUGUCAUUGUAGUUGUGGAGUAAGAAAUGACGAAACACGAAUCGUAGGGGGUCAAACAACUCAAUUAAAUGAGUUCCCUUGGAUGGCAAGACUUUCAUAUCUUAAUAAAUUUUACUGUGGAGGAACUCUCAUUAGUGAUCGUUAUGUUUUAACAGCGGCCCAUUGUAUCAAGGGUUUUAUUUUCAGAUUCAUGUGGUUCAUGAUCAAGGUUACAUUUGGAGAACACGACAGGUGUUUCGAUAAAGUUCAACCGGAAACUAGAUAUGUUGUGAGAACAUUGAGUGGUGAUUUCAGUUUUCUGAAUUUCGACAACGACAUUGCUCUACUUAGACUCAAUGACAGAGUACCACUUUCCGAAACAAUUCGACCAAUUUGUUUACCAAUUAAAAAAGAUAAUGACUACAUUGGUACCAAAGCAACGGCUUCCGGAUGGGGAACCCUACACGAGGAAGGAAAACCUUCUUGUUUAUUGCAAAAAGUUGAUAUUCCUGUAAUGAGCCUUCAAGAUUGCCGAAACACGAGUUACAGUCCCCGUAUGAUAUCCGAUAAUAUGCUCUGUGCAGGCUACUCAGAAGGUCUCAAGGACUCUUGUCAGGGUGAUAGUGGAGGACCUCUGAUUGCUGAGAGGGAAGAUAAAAAAUAUGAAAUAAUUGGAGUCGUUUCCUGGGGAAAUGGAUGCGCUCGACCUGGUUACCCAGGAGUUUACACCAGAGUUACGAGGUAUCUCGACUGGAUUCUGGAUAAUACAAAGGAAAGCUGCUUUUGUGAGACAUAGUAUUGUUUUUCUAUUUAAAAUAGCCACUGCGAAUUUUUUUCUAAAAAAAAAAAAGUGAAAAAAAAUAUGUUUAAUAUAUAAAUGUGAUGCUUUCGGGGCAACUAUUUUAAAAUGUUAAUAAGAAUUUAAAAGUCUUGACUGAAUGAAAAAAUUAUGCAAAUCACUUAAGCUACAAAAAAAGGAAUUGUAAUAUUUGUUUAUAUUAUUAUUAUUAUUAUUUAUAAAAAUCAAAACGAAUGAUUAUAUUUAUAUUUAAUAAACAAUAAAGAGUUUUAAUAAAAAAA